UCCUAAUUUGCUAAAUCUUUGUUUCUUGUCAGUGCUCCUUAACUUUUCACUUCUACCGAAAAAAAUUCUUUCACCCUUCCACAGCUUCUAACGUAAUUAAUGUACAAGCCCUGAAAAAUAAUCCAUUUCCUAAUUUUUUUUUUCAAAAAUAUAUCUGUCACCACAUUCCAGUGGCUGGCUCUGGAUACCCUGUUAUUGCUGCAUCACUUUCGAGGUUCUUUAUUUUUUUUUUUUUUGGUUUUUUCUUGGCUAUAUGUACAGUCAUUUGAGCUUUGGAGCCAUUUUUGGUUGAUUACUAUUGCGAUUGUUGUAUAAAUUGGGUUUUUUUUCUUUUGUUUAGAUAUAGUCAUUUGAGCUUGGGACCAAUUUCUGGUUUAUUAUUAUAGAAUUAUUUAUUUAUUUUUUUGGGUAAUUUGUGGGAGGUUUUGGAUGGGUUCGAAGCCGUGGCUGUAUCCGGCUCCGACCUAUCGUCCGUUAGAGGCCUAUUGGGACGGCGAUGAGGACGCGCCACGGCCCCGCUGCGGUCACACUCUCACUGCCGUUGCCGCCACCAAGACCCAUGGCCCCCGCCUCAUUCUCUUUGGCGGCACCACCGCCAUUGAGGGAGGAAACGAUGGUGCCCCCGGCAUCCGGUUAGCUGGAGUUACUAAUUCAGUUCAUUCCUAUGAUGUUCUCACCCGAAAAUGGAUCCGACUCCAACCAGCCGGCGACCCACCUUCGCCUAGGGCUGCACAUGCUGCUGCUGCCGUCGGCACCAUUGUUGUUUUUCAGGGUGGUAUAGGUCCCGCAGGGCAUUCUACUGAUGACUUGUAUGUGCUUGACAUGACCAAUGACAAAUUCAAGUGGCAUCGAGUUGUAGUUCAAGGACUGGGGCCGGGACCUAGAUAUGGCCACGUCAUGGACUUGGUUGCGCAAAGAUACCUUGUUACAGUCAGCGGCAAUGAUGGUGAGGAGCUAAGUGAAACUGGUUGCACUCAAGGUCCUGAAAGAGUUCCUUCUGCAAAUGAAGAGACAAUUGGUCUUGUGUCCACCCUUUCUACUCACGAUCCUCUAAUAAUUGGCUUUGAAAUUGCCUUGAUGGCAGGAGUUGUCACAUGCAAUAAAGUUUUGCUGUUUAAAAUCAUGAAAUUGAGGCUUAGUUGAUAAAGCUUGCCACAAGAGUUGUUUUCAGGAAUGAA